AAAAACUUCCACCAGGUCCAUCACCAUGGCCAAUUAUUGGAAAUCUUCACUUAUUAGGUGCAAAACCCCAUGUGUCACUAGCCAAUCUUGCAAAAAAAUAUGGUCCAAUUAUGAGUUUAAAAUUAGGACAAAUAACAACAAUAGUAAUUUCUUCAUCAUCCAUAGCAAAACAAGUCCUUAAGAAUCAAGAUCAAGCAUUUUCUUCUAGAUUUAUCCCUAAUGCAAUUCAAGGACACAAUUAUUGUGAAUUCUCUGUGGGAUGGCUUCCUGUUUGUCCUCAAUGGCGAACGCUUCGCAGAAUAUUGAACAUAAACAUCUUCUCUCCUAAUAGACUUGAUGCAAAUCAACAUCUAAGGUCACAAAAGGUGAAAGAAUUGAUUGCUUAUUGUGAAAAAUGUAGUCAACAAGGUGAAGCUUUGGAUAUAAGUCAAGUUGUUUUCAAGACUAGUCUUAAUUUGUUGUCAAACACCCUUUUCUCCAAGGAUUUGGCUGACCCUUUUUCGGACUCAAAGGUAGAGUUGAAGGAAGUUAUCGCGGGUAUCUUAACUGAGUUUGGGAAGCCGAACCUAGUGGAUUUUUUCCCUAUGCUUGAAAUUAUUGAUCUUCAAGGAAUAAGGCGUCGCUCAACUAUUUAUAUUGGUAAACUGUUUAAACUUUUUGAUGAUUUGAUCAACGAACGAUUGGAGGAAAAGAGAAAGGGAUCUAAUGAAAAGAGUGAUGUUUUGGAAAUGUUUCUCAAUAUUUGUGAAGAGAAUCCCGAAGAGAUUAAUCACAAUCACAUCAAGACUAUGUUCAUGGACUUAUUUCUGGCGGCUACAGAUACAACUACAAGCACAUUGGAAUGGGCAAUGGCAGAAAUACUCAAACAACCUGAGAUUAUGAAGAAAGUUCAAGUUGAACUUGCAAAAAUUAUUGGAAAAGGAAAAUCAAUUGAAGAAGUUGAUGUUACUCGUCUUCCUUACUUACAAUGCAUCAUCAAAGAAACUUUAAGAAUGCACCCACCAGCUCCAUUUUUAGUUCCGCGCAAAGUGGAGCAAGAUGUUGAAUUAUUUGAUUACAUCAUCCCUAAGGGUUCACAGGUACUAGUCAAUGUGUGGUCGAUUGGUAGAGAUUUUACUUUUUGGGAUGAGCCUUUAGUAUUUAAACCUGAAAGGUUUUGGGGUUCAGAUUUAGAUAUGCGAGGACAAGAUUUUGAUUUGAUUCCAUUUGGUGCGGGUCGAAGAAUAUGCCCCGGCUUUCCACUAGCAUUGAGAAUUGUUCCAGUAAUAUUAGGCUCACUCUUAAAUUCCUUCAAUUGGAAGCUUGAGGCAGACAUUGGACCAGAAGAUCUAGACAUGGAAGAGAAGUUUGGUAUCACCUUGGCCAAAGCCCAUCCUUUGCGAGUUAUCCCAUUUCUACUUUGA